GGCUUUUUUGCCGCCACAUGCUUGGUGGGCUGGUGCCUGGAGCCGGCCCUGCUUCUCAGAAACAAAGGAAAGGAAACUCCCUGCCCAUUGUCUCAGGGCAAAAAGCCAGCAUGGCAAAGACCCUGGAAAAGAUGCCGAGAGACCAUCUGUUCGACACCAUUAGAGAGCUGGGCGAGUCGGACUUGAAGACAUUUAAAGACAAGCUGAACAAUUUCCAGCCCAAGCCAGGUUAUAACCGUAUCAAAUGGGGAGAGCUGGAAAAAGCAGACGCUGUAGAAAUCACUCGCCUGCUAGUCAGCUACUACGAGGAGGAUUACGCGGUGGAAGUGGCUGGGAAGGUGCUGGAGGACAUGGACAAGAAGAACCUGGCACGCAACCUGUUCCAGGCCACAGGGAAGGGUGGCGCCCAGCAGACGCCAGCACCGACCAGCAGCACCCGGACCAGAGUCACAGCAGGUGUAGCCGCCCCCAUGCCCAGGGAACACAGGCCAGGCUCGUCCAGGGCUGGAGACUCAGCUGUCUCUGACUCACUCCCCUGUCCCCAGGAGACGAGAUAGACCUACGAUAACAUCAAGUUCUGCGCUGAAGCCUUCGCAGCCGACGUGACACAGUGAAAGAGACGACUAACACUGGAAUGAAGACCGUGGCCUGCUGCUCUACCAGCUCCCGCUGGCCAAGGAAACCCAGAGCCUUUUCAGUCGUACCAACUGGCCAGGAUAUUGCAUUCCAUAUUUUUGGUCAAUAAAACAAUUGCCUCUUUUUAAUACAGAGAACUCGUCCAUCAG